CCCUGAGUUGGUGUCUACUUUCAACUGCUAUCCAAACUACUGUUCAUCACCUCUUUCUUUCUUUCUUUCUUCCACUCAUCUGUCAGGGAGUACCAGUGCUGCCAUAAACUAGCUGCUCUUCAUAGAAAUUUCCCACUUUCUAGCGCCUGGAUCAGGCCUUACUUAGAGAGAUUAGAUUGUUCAUUUCUGCAAAGAGUGCCUUGGGGAUAUAACUUGAGUCAUACACUUACUAUAGUUUCAACUGGAUAUAGGGGAGACCAAUAUGCGGUGGCUGAGCUUGUCAAUUGAUGUGUUUUGUUAUGUUAUCUCCUUGAAUUUGUACUGCAGGGUUAUUCUAUAAGCUGCUGUUCUCUGGUUGUGACGUAGCCUUUGUUUAUGCAGUUCUUUAAGUAGCUAUCCAUGGGAUCCAACCACUUUCCUUCCUGUGUUUGUUUCUUCUAUAUUCUAUAGAAAUAGCCAGGAAAUAUCAUCAUCAUUCUAAAGUACUCUAGUCCAUCCAAUCUGUAAAUUUAGUUCAUUGUCUUCUUGAUCUUGGUCAGCAUUCAAUUUUACACAAGUUGCUUGUUAAACAAGAAUUUCUAGACAUUCUCGACUUUGUUUUCAGCUUAGUUUUAUCUUUCCUUCAAUAGGGCUCUCUGUUGCUUCCCACAUUCUAGUUUCUAUUUGAAGUCCACUAAAGAGCCAAAAGUAGUUAUGGUGUGCCAAGCAGCAAGUCAGACGAGGUUUAGGGCACUUAAACAUGAGAACGGAAUUGCAGGAAGAACAACCAUUAUUGUUAGAGUUAUAGCAUGCUUUCAACCAUUACAAAAUUGCCAGGCUGAAUAUUUCCGCCAAUUGCUGAAACCUGUUACGUAGAUUGUGUUCCAAGUUCCUGCGCGUCACAUCAAGCUAGAAUUAUAUUUUUUAUUUUCUUCUUUUUGUUCAACAUAAUUGAAAGUGAUCUAACGCGGCACUACAUACGAGCAUCUUUCUGGUUGCUACUUCGGCUGGAUGGUUACAGCCAAAGAGUCUCAAACGUGUCAGCAGUUCUCUGCUUGGAAAUCACCUGACGUGGAUCACAUGGCAUUUCUACAGCUAGAGCAAAACUAUAACAUGCCACACUUUCCUCCUUCCAUGCAUACUGUCAAUGCCGAAUUUCCAGGACAGCCUAAUGCUGAUUUACGUGAUUUAAACAUCCGCCAGCCAAUUGUAGUUGGCCGGAUUUUCAAUUUCCAACCCCCGUACAAUACAUUGUAUCCUACCAGGAGUCCGUGUCUCAAAGAUUCCCCAUGUCCCCUGCCAAACUGGCUUGGGGUUUCCAAUAAGCCAAUUGAUGCUUCUGUUGCUCCUCAGAAAAAGUUUCUCAUUUUCGAUCAGUGUGGGGAUCAAACAAGAUUGUUCAUUAGCCCUUCUUUUUCUCGCCAACAUCAGAUAGUUGCCUCCAAGACUCCUGCUAGUGGUAACGGGGUGUGUGAAAAAGUGGCAUCUCAAGUAGAUCCGCGAUUCAUGCUGAAGCCUGUGGUUGAAGAAAAAUGGGAUGAAAAUAAUUUGAAUGAUGGAGAAAGUGAUAUGCUUGAAGAUUCUGAAGAAAUCAAUGCUCUGCUCUACUCUGAUAGUGAUGAUGAGUAUGAUGGAGAUAAUGAUGCUGAUGACGAAAAUGAUGAAGUAACUAGCACGAGGCACCCUCCGUUUUGCACUGAAAAGGACUUCGAUAAAGACACAUUACUUGAGGAAUUCACGGAAGAAGUGGCAAGUUCUGAUGGGUCACCAAAAAGGCAAAGAUUGCUUGAUGGCAGGUACAAGAAAUCAUCAUUAGCGAGUUUUGAGAGUCCCGUGAAAGGGGCUCGUUCAUACAGUUACGAGGAUGAUGUGGAGUCAAGCUGUGCUGGUCCUAGAAGCUCCCACGAUGAUAUUAACAGAGAAAAGAAGAUUAAAACUCGUGAAGCAUUGAAGAUCCUUGAAAGUAUUAUUCCUGGAUUAAACAGCAGUGAUCCACUCUCCAUAAUCGAGAAAUCUAUCGUCUACUUGGAAACAAUGAAAAUGGAAGCAGAAACUCUAGGGCUCAGCUUCCCCAACCGUAAAAAUCAGCAAUCUUAUGUCAACGGUUUGUUUGAAUCAGAAGCAGAAUCAUUGGACCAACAGGUAGCAAGAAAAACCAUUAAGUGUGAGUUUGAAUAAUUAUGGAUGGAUUGGAAAGUAAUAAAGGUGAUCUUCCUCUUUGCUCAAUCUUUAACCCACUUUUCAUUCUAAUAGUGCACCGUGGGCCAACGGGCGACGAGCUUAAUCAGAUGAAAGUUUUCGCUUUACUCUCAAUCUCUCAUUACACUCAGGUGGUGAAGAAAAUUGGGGCCUAUAAUUGUUGACUUGAAAUGAUUAUUUUGACACUUUUGGAUUAAAGUAAGCAUUGCAUUGCUGUAAAUGAGGAGCCCUUUUCCCUCAUUGUUGAGAAAAUUCCAUGGAUUGGGAGCAUGCGCGUUUGGUGAUGAGGGUCCACCCUCCAUUCUUGAUUUAUAUGCUUUUUGUUUGCUACCAGUUGUCUGAGCUUUUUGUUGUAAGAUUUGUGUGUUUGGGAAUCAGGAGAUGAAUGUUUGUGUUCUUCUUGUUAUAUGUUAAGGUCGUGUGCUUGUAAUGAUACUGUUGCUGUUACAGGGUCUUGAGUGUUUUUGUCUUAGUUUUAAUUACUUCAGUUUAA